GGUUGGGGAUCUAAUUACCCGACCAUAAUUGGGGGCUGGGGAAUAAGUUUGCCGUCCUCUCAACUCACCGCAGAUCAAUUAUGUUAAGAGAACAUCUGUAAGUAGAGCUUAAUGAGGUCCAUUAGAGCAACAUGUACUGCCUUCUCUAACAGUGCUUGUCAGCUUCUUGGAUGAGCUGGAGGAGGCUGCUAACUAGGGACCUAGUGAGGAGCUUAAAUACUGGAGGAGACGGGCGGGCCCGCUCAGGUCUGACUAGGGGAACGAGAGAGGGAAGACAAGCCCUGGCAGAGAGAGAGAAGAAGAAGAAGAGGGGGAGCAAGAGCGAGUGUACGGGCGAACGAGAGAGAGCGAGCCGAGACAGGUGGUGCUUUUUCAUCCCGGCUGCCGCCGAGCGCUCCAGAGGGGAGGAAGGUCCGCAGCCACGCUUGCGGGUCGACCACCGACUUGACCCGCGGCAACUUUUUUUUUUCUCCUUCCCUUUUUUUCUCGCCCCCCUUCUUCGUCCUUUUCCAACCGCUUUUUUGAAUGUUGUCCCCAGGCAACCUGGCUGUUGUUCGUAUUUAUUCAGCCGCGUCGUUCCUCAUUAGCACAAUAAAUAAUAACAAGAAGCGCUGAGUGAAGGAGGGAAAAGAGGGUGAACAGAGUGGAGAACAGAAGCAUGCUGUUUUAGUCUAAUUAAGAAAAAAAAAACCACUAGAAGAGGAAAAACCUUUCGGUGGUGUGUUUCUUUUCUAACUUUCUUGAGAAAGUAGAGGAGAAGGGGGCAAGGAGAGAGGAACCUUCAACAACUUCAAUUCUACAGCAGCAUAGGCCCCUUUCAGAAAAGGUAUACAAAUGCUCUCCGUCCAGCCAGACACAAAGCCGAAGGGCUGUGCUGGCUGCAACAGGAAGAUCAAGGACCGCUACCUGCUGAAGGCCCUGGACAAGUACUGGCAUGAGGACUGCCUGAAGUGUGCCUGCUGUGACUGUCGCCUGGGCGAGGUGGGCUCCACGCUCUACACCAAAGCCAACCUCAUCCUCUGCCGACGGGACUACCUACGGUUGUUCGGUGUGACAGGAAACUGCGCAGCCUGCAGCAAACUCAUCCCCGCCUUCGAGAUGGUAAUGAGAGCCAAGGACAACGUCUAUCACCUGGACUGCUUCGCCUGUCAGCUCUGCAAUCAGAGGUUUUGUGUGGGAGACAAAUUCUUCCUGAAGAACAAUAUGAUCCUGUGCCAGACGGACUAUGAAGAGGGACUGAUGAAGGAGGGCUAUGCUCCCCAAGUCCGCUGAUGGCCCCCACCCACACAAACCCCCAUCACCCCCAUACCCCAACCCUGACCCCUACCCCUGAAAGAAAGGAAGAAAUACAGACAGAUAGACAGACAGAGGACAUGCAGUCAGACACCAGAAGCACUAACUUCUUUUUAGCAUUUGUCCCACAUGUACAUAACAACCCCCUCCCAGCCUGCUGUAUAGAAUAGCCAUAGGGACUGAGUGACAUUUGGUUGGAAACUCCACAUGGGUACAGAGAACAGAACUGAAGGGGAAGUUUUAUAUAGGGAUGAGUUUUUGGCUGUUCCAUUAAAUCUACCCUCCCUCCCGCCAACACCCCAGGUCCUGCCACCAACACAGGCCUUACAGGGACCAUACCCCAAACCCCCUAAACCCUCCACACCCUCCCCACCCAAACACUGUGGGAUCCCUCUCUCCAAGCAACAAAAAAAAACAAACAAAAAGAAAAAAAAAAAAAAAAAAAAAAUCAUAGCACCGAUUGUACAAAUGUGUGACUGCACCGGCAAGGGGGAGAUAGAGUCUGGCCUCCGUCCAAUAGGAUCUCAGGUUGAACGGGGGGGGGGUUUCCAAUGGCAAGCCGGCGGGGUCAGCCUCCACACUGUCCGCUCCUCUUCAGCCAUGUGUGAUCAACUCUCUCCCUCUCUGCUCCGAAUUGGUCCUGUAUCAAGACUGGGAUUCCAAAUGCACUGGCCAGUAACCAGAUGGGGCGUGUUUUAGUCAGAGUCUCCCUAUUCAGCAAAGCUGUGCCUGCCUGCCUUCUUCAUCUGGGAGGUCAUGGUCAUAACGCAGGACCAUAAGUGACUGGACAGAGUCCGGGGACUCUUUUUAUAAAUAUAUAUUAAGAAAAAAAAAAAAGUAUUUAUUUGAUAUGCUUUUAAUGAAUCUCACAUUGUUAUAAAGCUUCAUUCUCACAAUGCAGAUACUUGAAUUGAAUCGCUAUGGCUUGUUUAAACUCUGGCAUGAUGGGGAGAAAACGUCUUCAGAGUGUCACUUUAGUACAACACUGUCAGUAUUAGCCAGAUCUGCAGAUGCGGUUGUCUUGAGGGGCACGCAGGGUUUAUUCUGCCAGAACCCACCUUUCACUGCGUGAACCAAGCAUGUAACAAAUCUGCUGUACAGUGUGCUUGGUACCUGGGAGUAAACAGACUUCCUGGGAUUAAUUUAAAAAAAGGAAAAAUAUACAUUUUUCAAAUCUUUCCAGCAGCAUAUCCAAAUAAUUUCAGUCUCCAAACAGAUAAUUGUGUUAAGUGAUCAUCGUUAUUGUAUUGUAAUGACGCGUUUUUGUUUUUUUUUUUUUUAAGCGGAAACAGCCCUCUGUGCCCUCUCAGACAUAGCUUGAUCAGAGGUGUGAGUGCACGUGCUUAUGGGAAAAUGAAAGACACUGUAUUGCUGAACCAGAGUGCCCGCUGGUUCCUCUCAAAAGCUACUAUCUUAAAAGAACGGCUGACUUCAUAGUCAAAGGCAGGCAACAGUUUUGCGAAAAUAUGAAGACCAGUUGAUUUUCCACUUUAAAAUGCGGUUGUAUAUACAACUUUUUCUUUGCUUGCUAUUGUAUAAUGAUUUCUUUCUAUGUGUCCCACAG